GGGAUAAGCCACUCUGGAAACCAUGACGCAUUGACGUCAUUCAAUAAACAAGAUGGCGGAAACUCGAUAUGCCUCGAAGUUUUCAAGAGGAAAUUUUGCAUCAACUCGUAAAUCAUCUACUGCCGAUCGCGCUUUAGUUAGAGCUUGAAAGAAAUGUGAGAGAAGACACUUCGGUACUGAAUUUCAAUUUCUAUUUUUCUAGCUUGUGCUUCAGAAGUUCAGACUGAUUGAUAAUGGGAUCAGCAAAUUCAUCAACCAGCGGCCCUGCAAGAGAGCCUGCACCCCAUGAGUCGGCGCAAGUCGAACAGAAUUUCCGCUCUGACAAUGAGCGAGUUAUGCAGCUUGCUCGGGCAAUGACAACUGCGAAGAAAAGACGUCACCAAACUCCGGCAUCAUUGAUGGCUAGUCAGGGAAAUGACUUUGAAACGUACAAUGAGAGCAUCUUUAUUCUGAAGCAGCUUUUCAAGCGCAUGGAUCCAGCAGUCACCAAGACAUUGGGAGAUGCCAAGGGAGAGGUGAAACUAUCCUUGAAAUAUGAUAAACGAAGGAGUAUGCUUCUCGUCAAAGUGGUAUCUGCAAGGGAUCUCAGUGCAAAGGACAUCAGAGGGCGCACAUCUGAUCCAUUUGUUCAGAUGGAACUCAUUCCUGACCUCCAUGAUGAAGGGAAGAAGUCAACUCAGUAUGUCAAGAAGACUCUUAAUCCCACCUUCAAUGAAAUCUUCACCUUCAAGUUGAGUGAAGAGGACAUUGCAGAGACUCAGUUGAGAGUGAGAGUACUUAGUCAUGAUCCGUUUGGGAAGGCUGACUUCAUUGGGGAGAACAUCAUCCAACUUGGAAGCAUGGAUUUCAGUGACAUCAUCACCAGCUGGUUUGAGUUGCAACCAGAGACUGAUCUCGGCAUCCAAGGAGAGCUCGAGAUCACAUUGACCUACCAGCUACCAGACACCCUAAAGGUCAGAGUUCAUAGUGCAGAAGGACUAGUCUGCAGGGAUGCUAAGAAGAUGCCACACCCCUACGUCAAGGUACUGAUUCCGGGCAUACACAAGGUUGAGGAGACCAAGGUCCAGAAGAAGAUGCUGGAUCCUGUCUGGGAGGAGACCUUUGACUUCACGCUGGCUCAGGAGGAGUUCACGAACAGAUAUUUGGUCCUGCAUGUGCUUGACAAAGCUCUAGUUGGAGACAGUGAGGACAUGGGACAGGUGUUCAUUGAUCUGGAUAAUUUGGACAUCAGUCAGGGGUUCUCAGGAAAGUUCCCUUUGGCAGACCUGAAAAACUCUGAGAGGACAAGGACCAAGUGGUCGCAGACUGCUACAGUGCAAGAGUUCCGGGAAGCUAUGUAUGCCCACUCUGUCUACAGGUACCCAGGGUUAGUCUUUCAGAAACAGAGAGGCAACAAGGUGUUGACAGUCCACAGUCGUAAGGCAGGGUCUUCUGCAAAGGUUCGGAUCGUGAAUGGAGUACCAACUUGAAAUUCCCUUGCAUCAUCAUCAGCUGGUCAUGCAUGGUCUGAACUCUGAAUCGAUCCCGAGGCACUGGAAUGACCUGACUAAGGCAGAUAUUGAAUGUGGAUGUAAAUAGUUGUAAACUAUUUUACAUCGAUACCUAUUGCAACUCCAUGCCAUUGGUCAGUAUUCUUGAAAGUGGACUAAAUUACUAGGGCCAGGUUUAAACACAAAUAAAAGCAUUGAAUAAGUCCAGCCAGUUAUGAAGUACCAAAUGUCAACCUCUACAUCAUCUGUUCAAAUUACAAUAAUUCAGUGACUAAAUUAAACCAUGAAAGUAUUUUCACCAUGAAAUAUUUUCUCACUUUCAUUCAAUGAUUAAAGUAUUAUCUUUUUGGACAUAUUUUGGUACACAAUUAGAGUAAUUUGUUCAAAAUGAGAUUGUUGACAUCUGGUGUUCUAUUAGUCAGUGGACUUUUAAAGGUGAGCCAAGUUUGACUUAAAUCACUUUAAAGAAUAAGAGUCAUGAGUUUUACCCCAUUUGGGAUGGGGGACUCCUUACUUAAAAUGCAUUUUCUUAUGAAGUAUUCUCUUUUAUUCAAAACCUGUAUUCACACUUCUCUCCAUACAAUGAGAUAGUGCUACAACACAAAUACAGGCUCAUAGGACAAUUAAUACACUUAUAUUAAGCAUAUUAAUAUCAGAAAUCUUAGCAGAUAGGGUCUGGGCGGUUUUAUUCACUUUUAUUUUUAUAAUUGAUGACAAACAGGAUUUGUGUGUGUAAAAACCAUAUUAAAAUAUUUUAUUCUCAAAUAAAUUGAUUAGAAAGGACACAUAUAUUGGAGAUUUUUUAAGUAGGAGGUUUUUUUAAAAGUAGGGUAGGUAAUAAUCAUUCAAAAAUUCACCUUGAGCUCCAUUUUAUUGUAUGCAAUUUUGAGUAUGUAUAUAUGCAAUUAUUUAAAUGAUAAUGUCUAUUACACGAUAUGCAUAUUAUAUUUGAAAUUAAUUGAAAAUUGAAGUAGCAAAAUAAGGUUUUUUAAUUUUCAUCAAUAUAUUUUUUUUAUCAGUAUCAAUACUUUCAAUAUUUGCUGUAAACAAUGAUGUAUGGAUAGUCUCAUUGUUGAUUAUCAUUUUCUUCUACUGAAUGAAUUUAAGAAUUCAGUAACCAACAUGUCUCUGUUGUACUCAUUGUUAUAUAGCUAACUAUGCCGUAAAAUGAGUUUGCUAGUAUGUAUUUAUGUUAGGCCUAAUUUAUGUAUAUUAUUUAGUGGUUUGAAUGAAGAGGUAAUAUUAAAGUAAUUAUGACAUUUCUACAAUUUUAUGAAUUGUAGAAUAUCCUCUUUGUAUAGAUAGAUUAUAUGUUUUUAUAUUCUUAUGAUAUUGUAUAAUAUUUGUUUGAGUGUGCAAGUGUGUGUUUAUGUUUGUUAAUAUUGGAUUUUACAUGUACACAAAAUUGUAAAAUCAGGAAUAAUAGGAAAGAAUGCAACUCAUCUCAUAAUUUUGAACCAUGUGAAAUACAUUUUGAUAUAACAAAUACAUAGAUAAAUUUAAGAAUAAAGGAUAUAUUUCUGACAUUGAGUAGUAAGGAUCAUGUAUUUUGGAGAAAACUCUUUUCUGUAUGUGCAAACAUACUUUCAAAGGAGUAGAGAUAGCUUGCAGUAACAUAAAUCAUGUUUGUGUAUGAAUGAAUCCAACUAUUUGUAAAUUUGCUUUUAUACUAAUCAUUGUUACUGAGCACCAUUUAAAUCCAUAAUUACUGCUCAUUAUGUGGAAUAGAGAAAUUGAACAGUCAUUGAUCCUCCCCCUUCCUUACAAAAGUACUAGAUGCAAACAUUAUAGUUUUAUGAUAUCAAGCAGCAUUAUAUCUUUUUAGUAUAAAGACAAAAAAAAUGAAAUUAUGCAAAUUUAUAACUUACCAUGAUCACAAAUUAGAUCAAACUAUUCUACUUGAGUUAUGUAAUAAAUGUGUGUAUUGUGGAUUUAUAUUUCAAGGGAAAGAAAUAACCUUACAUUGAAUAGAGUGUGAUAGAGUCUUCUGUAAUCUGUAUUGCCUGUCUGUACAUAUUGUUCCUUGUCUUUCUGUUAGAGGGAAAAGAUUGAAAUUAGCUUUCAUAUACUAUAUCCGUCCAUUUUCAAUUUGUCAUUGUCUAUUCAAGUUUACUGUAAAAAUGAAAUGUAAAGAUUAUGUAGAUAAUGUGUUUGAAAUUAUGAUUCUAAUUCAUUUUAGAUAGCUGUAAAUCAUUAUUUCUUAAUUUGAAUAAAAUGUCAUCCUUUUU